AUGGUCAUGAAAAAAGAUGGAAAUGCAGGGACUGCUACUGUGAAGGGGUACAGUAUAGGUGAUAUUCAGCCCAAUGUUUCUGGAAGCAAAGAAGUAAUAGUGCAAAUUGGAAUAGGGGGGAUGUUAGCCAUUGGAAUCAUCAAAAGAACCAGGGAGUUUGUUGCUGCAAAUAAUAAAUCUUUCAUUGUGGAUAAGCAGGGGCAUAAUGGGAAAAAGAGUGUGGAUUAUGGGAAAAAAGAGGAAAAAGGGAAGAAGGGUAGCCAAAAGGAGAACAAUUUUGGUAAUACAGUGAAUCGGUUUGCUGAAAGAUUCUACAGUUAUGUGGUGGCAAUACUGGUGCUUUUAGGAAGUCAACUGAUGGUCAAUGGGUCCAUGCCUCCUGUGCUGAGGACUCAAAAACAUGGAGUUGAAGAAUGGAAUUCUCUGAAGAAAGUCAGGGUUUAA